UCGUUUUUUACACACAAAUUCAACUCAAACAAAAUGGACGAAAUUCAAAUAUUAGUAAGAGUGUGUUGUUCUGCCAUAGCAAUUGCUCUGUUUGUGUGUCUGUGGAAAGUACUAAAUUGGGUUUGGCUCAAUCCGAAGAAGUUGGAGAAUUUGUUGAGGAAACAAGGGCUAAAUGGGAACUCUUACAAAAUAUUGUAUGGGGAUUUGAAUGAUUUUAUUGGAAUGAUUAGGGAAGCUAGUUCAAAACCUAUGAAUUUGUCUGAUGAUAUAGCUCCAAGAUUGGUGCCUUUCUUUCUUGAGACCACCAAGAAAUAUGGGAAAAAAUGUUUUAUAUGGUUGGGUCCAAAACCACAAGUAAUAAUCAUGGACCCUGAGCUUAUUAAGGAAGUACUCUCGAAAACCUAUUUGUAUCAAAAGCCCGGUGGAAAUCCAUUUGCAGCAUUAUUGGUACAAGGACUAGCAACCUAUGAAGAAGAUAAAUGGGCCAAACAUAGAAAAAUUAUCAAUCCCGCUUUCCAUCUAGAGAAGCUUAAGCAUAUGCUCCCAGCUUUUCACUUGAGCUGUACUGAAAUGCUGAGCAAAUGGGAAGAUGCUGUUCCACUUGGCAGCUCUCGUGAGAUAGAUGUAUGGCCUCACCUUCAGCAAUUAACUUGUGAUGUAAUCUCUCGGACAGCUUUUGGAAGUAGUUAUGAAGAAGGUAGAAAGAUUUUUGAACUUCAAACGGAACAAGCUCAGAAUUUUAUCGACGCUGUACGUGAAGUUUAUAUCCCAGGGCGGAGAUUUUUGCCAACAAAGAGGAACAGAAGAAUGAAGGAAAUAAAAAACGAAGUUCGGACCUCAGUUAAAGGUAUUAUCGAUAAAAGAAUGAAGGCAAUGAAAGCAGGGAAUGCCGAUAAUAAUGAGGAUCUGUUAGGCAUAUUGCUUGAAUCAAAUUUCAAAGAAAUUGAACAGCACGGUAACAAGGAUUUUGGAAUGAGCAUCGAAGAAGUCAUCGAAGAAUGCAAGUUAUUCUAUUUUGCUGGCCAAGAAACUACAUCAGUCUUACUCGUGUGGACUCUGGUGUUGUUGAGUCGGUAUCAAGAUUGGCAGACACAGGCCAGAGAAGAAGUCUUGCAAGUGUUUGAGAGUCGGAAACCAGAUUUUGAUGGAUUAAAUCAUCUAAAAGUUGUAACAAUGAUCUUGUACGAGUCAUUACGGCUAUAUCCCCCAUUGAUAACACUUAAUCGACAGGUUAACGAAGACAUAGUAUUAGGAGAAUUGUGUCUACCAGCUGGUGUACUAGUCUCAUUGCCAAUGAUCUUAUUGCAUCAUGAUAAAGAUAUAUGGGGUGAAGAUGCAAACGAGUUCAAUCCAGAGAGAUUUAGAGAAGGAAUAUCAAGUGCAACAAAAGGUAAAGUUACAUAUUUUCCAUUUUCAUGGGGUCCAAGAAUAUGCAUUGGACAAAAUUUUGCCAUGUUAGAAGCAAAGAUGGCUUUGUGUAUGAUCCUACAAAGCUUCUCUUUUGAAUUGUCUCCAUCUUACACACAUGCUCCUAAAUCCUUAGUAACCAUGCAGCCUCAGUAUGGUGCUCCACUUAUUUUGCACAAACUUUAGUUUUGUAAUGUAAUGUAACAAGAAUUAAUAUAAAGACUCAAAUAAGGGGUGGAGUUUGCAAUAUUAAAUAUGGAUCGUUUGUGAGAGAUGUCUUGUAAUAUAGGUAAGAGUUAAAAGGGAUGAAGUUGCAAUUUUUUAGGGCUCGUUUAAAUAUGUGAUAUGAAAUUAUGAUUUUAAUUUGUUUAGA